GAAGACAAAAAAAAAACACUGUGGAGGCAGAUGCCUGAAUAAGUUUUGUGGUUGCACAAAGGAUUGUUAAUAGAGUAUCGGAUAUGGCAGCUCAACCAGCUGGAAUUAACGAGGCGGCUGGAGCUGGGAAUAUUGAGAGACUAUACGUUUUGAUUGCAGGAGAUCCAACAAUUCUAGGACAAUAUGAUGAGCUGCCUUUUUGUGAAACGCCACUACACAUUGCAGCCGAAACGGGGCAAACUCAUUUCGCCAUGGAAUUAAUGACCCUGAAGCCGUCACUUGCUUUGAAGCUAAACCUGUCAGGUUUCAGCCCAAUGCAUUUAGCUUUGACAAAUAACUUUUUUCAAACUGCGAGAGGGUUAUUGGCAAUUGACAGCAGCUUAGUCAGCAUCAAGGGAAGAGGAAGGACCACCUCUUUGCAUUAUGUGGCUCAAAUAGGUCAAACAGAUUUGUUGAGUGAGUUCUUGUUUGCUUGUCCAUCUUCAGUAGAAGAUCUGACGAUUAAGUGCGAGACAGCUGUGCACAUUGCCGUGAAGAACAGCCAGUUUUUGGCAUUUAAGGUUCUAUUGGGAUGGGUUCAGAGAGCACACAGAGAGGAAAUCUUGGACUGGAAGGAUGAAGAUGGUAACACAGUCUUCCAUAUUGCUGCGUUGACAAAUCAAACAGAGGUCAUGAAGCUGCUACGUAGAACCGUGAAAGUAAAAGCCAGAAACUUGGCUGGUAAGACCGCGAUGGACAUACUUCAGACUCACCAAUCUCCUCGUUUCCCCAUAGUAAGCAGACUACUCCAAAAUGCUAAAGAUAAAUUACUUUUUGGCCCCACGAUGAAUCUCGUGGGAUACUUGCGCGAAAAGCCAUCACUUAUUGAGAAGCAGAACAAGCUCUUAGGGCUGAACCAUUUGUUCCAGACUAGCCACAGAUCUUUAAAUAGUAAUGACGGCCGUAGUGCAAUACUUGUGGUGGCUAUACUGAUAGUAACAGCCACUUACCAAGCUGGUCUUAGUCCUCCUGGCGGAUAUUGGCAGGAAAAUUCCUCAGAUUCAACCCAAGAUAAUGAUAACACCAUUCACGCAGCUGGGCAGAUGACCAUGUCUUUCAACAAUGCCUUGUUUUUUUAUAUCCUUAACGGAAUUGCCUUCUUCUCAUCUCUAUAUGUGAUCAUGAUUCUCAUAAUUGGACUGCCUAUGUGGAUGGUUCUUUAUGGUUCAACAGCGGCUCUCGGUAUUGCUAAUUAUGCAUCCUUCAUCGAUACAUUCCCAAAUCCAAAGAGCUCAUUUGGAGAGAUCGCAGUGUCCCUGUUGCCCUUUGCAUACCCGGUGAUUACAGGAUUUAUAUUAUCACCUCCUGUCGUGGCAUUCUUUAUGAACAAACGUCGCCGGAACCGAGUGGACUUUCCGGCGAGGUACUUUACCUCAUCUCAGGAGCUAUCGUAAUGAAGCCUGAAGCGUUCAAGUUCAAGUGUUUUAACUGUUUAUUAUUGUCUGAUGGAAUUAGCUCUUCUUCCAGAAUUUCCCUCCACUUUGGUGUCUGUUUCGUUUUUCAGUAGGAUGACUUAUGUCCCUUUGUUAUGUUUUCCAACUCUAAUAAGUUCGCUAUUAAGGUAUUGUCCCUAGACUGUGAACGUUGUUAUAUGAAACAAAGUUCUGUAGACAAUUUGUACCAGCCAGCGAAUUACUUCUGCCUAUGGGCAAGUAUCGAAUUUUCCAAGUUGAAAGGCGGGAAAAAAUGAGUUUA